AUGGAGGCCGACGAGUCUCAACUAUACCAGUUCAGCACUCCUCAGCAGAGCAACUCGUUCAAACGACCGCGACGCAGCCUGCAAGGCUCCACGCCCUUGACCAGCGUCACCGAAAGCGUCACCUCCUCGCCCCGUCACUCGGGACAGAGCCAGUUCGCACCCCAGCUCUUCGAUCACAUCAAUGCGCUCAAGCACCUCGAUGAUCAACAGAUUUUGCAGUUACUGUCCGUUGCGCGCAAUGGAGGUCAGUCGGGUUGCAUCUAUGAUGCCCUGCCUUUUACUUACGCGACUCUAGAUGGCAUGCGUCGCUCAGGCGCCGACAGGUCGUCAAUGUCGACCGUUGGAAGCCGUGCGUCGUCUUAUCUGAGCGUACCGUCUAGCAGAGUCCCCAGCAUGCUCUCGGAUCCGCGUUCAUCAAUCGCAUCGACCGACUCGUCGUACACGCACUACAGCGCUGCUUCGUCGCGCAUGUCGACCGCGUCUUCUCGUCUUUCCACAAUCUCUACCACGUCAACGCCUGCACCCAAGAACUUCGCGUGCACGUUCUGCGAUAAGGCGCUCAAAUCGAAGCCGUACUGGAAAUCGCACGAGGAAGAGUUCCACGAGCAAAGACUUACUUGGAGAUGUCCAGACUGUGAGCAAAUCUUCCACGCUGGAAAGCGUUUCCGCGAGCACCAUACCAAGCUUCAUGGCUGUGAGCAUUGCAAGCAACCAAGGGAGAGUGGUCAGCCAACGAGCAGGAAAGCAUCUCCAUGUGUGAAGAAGUACGAAAUCGUCAUGCAUGACAAGGACGCUUGGGGAUGUGGCUUCUGUGCCUCUCUUCUGACUACUUGGGAAGAGCGUUGCGAGCAUAUCGCACUCCAUUUCGAAGAGAAGGGAUCGUCAAAAUGGAACUUUACUAAUGUUGUUCUCGGUCUGCUUAAGCAACCAGAGGUGUCUAGCGCCUGGAACCAGAUGAUGACAGAUCGGUAUGGAGAAGAACAGAACUGGCCGUCGUUGGCAUGGGAGUCGAAGAAGUGCAACCGUUUACGAUACAAGCUCGAAACGAAAUGGGACACACGCGUUUUCGACAUUGAGAAGUUGGUGCAGGACACCUUCGACUUGGCGGAGAUCGAGGCCAAAGACGUUGAAUCAGCAAGCGAAGCAACUCCUGAUGUUUCCGAGUCGAACGAUGCUAGCCAGGGCGAAAUGGUGGAAUUCAAACUGGAGGCUUCUGACUUGGCACCUGAUUUUGGAACCGACAACAGGCUCCAGAGCUCACACGGCCUUCCGCAGGAGCAGAUGAUGAUGGAUAUUGACCCAGUAGAGCCUCCGCAGACGAUGCAGCAGCAAGAGAUGGCGCAGUCGCAAUGGCCUGUUAGCACAGAUAUGUCUCACGGUGGUAUGAGCGCUGCAACCGGCAUGGAUGGGUUCAACGCGUUCGACACCAACAUGACAUCGAUGUCGACAGACUUUUCUCAACCAAUGGCCCAAAAUUUCCAGCCACAAUCACAAGGCUGGCCAAAUGCAGGCUUUUCAUCAACACCUGACCUCCUCAACUACCAACAACAAGCGUCGUACAUGGACUUUCAACAGGCCAAGGAGAUCGUUUCUGUACCGACCUCUCAAUACGCCAACUUUGCGCACUACCCACGGCAAAGCCUUCCGCCAAACUUUCUUCAACAGCAACAGCAACAGUCGCAAGCCCCUAGUACGCCAACAUCGCGCCGUUACGUCCCAAGGUUGAUCAACAUAUCGAACAACUCGAGCCACCGCGGUAUCCAGAUGGACCAGCCACCUCCACCCCCGCCAAAAGAUGAGCACCAAAAUCGAUUCUCACGGCUAAUUAUGAGGCGGCGUCCCAGCAACAUUUCGCAACAUAGCCUAGCAUCUCACCGUGAAAUGGGCGGUACAUGGGGCGACGAGCUAAACUGGGGUUAA